AAAUAGACUGUGUCAACAUUAGCAAAUACGCAGUUUAAAAUGUGUUUGUGGAAAAAGUUGAUUUUAUUUCUUAAUUAACAUUUAAUUCGACACGGAAAAACUUGGGAAACCAAAAAUGAGUUACUUGGUUUACGGAAUACUUCGGUUAUCCUCGAUUCCGAAAAUGACCAAUCGACGAGAAAAAUACAGUAAAAUUGCAGUGGUUUAAAACAUCGACAGAAUUUAUGGUUGUAAUGAGCUAAUUGAAGAACAAUAUAACACGGAACGUAUGCAUGAACUGGUCUGUAAAAGGAACAUUCUAACAGUGUUAAAGAUGGGUGAAGGUGUCUAUCAUUGGUUGACUCUUGUCAUAUCGGUUAACAUCGUAUUUGUGGGACCUGCACCAGUGCAGAUAUGCGACAAGCCGGCUGAUAUUGCAUUCUUGAUUGACAGUUCCAGCAGUAUUUGGAUAUACGACUUUGAGAAACAAAUUAAAUUUGUACAGGAACUAGUGAAAAGGUUCAACAUUGGACCAGACACUAUCCAAGUCGCCGCUCUAACAUUCUCUCAUAACGUUGUAAACGAAUUUCAUUUCAACGAUGUUGACAGCGCACAGGAGGCUAGUGACAGGAUCGGAAGGAUUGUACACGAAAGCGGAAAUUACACAUUUACCCAUUAUGCAUUAGAUAUCAUGCGUACAGACAUAUUCUCGCCAAGCAAUGGAGCACGCGCCGGUGUAGCGAAAAUUUGUAUACUGCUGACCGAUGGACAAUCGUCGUACCCUAUGGAAACACUGGAAAAAGCCGGACUGGCAAAAGCAGCCGGAAUUACAAUUCUAGCAAUUGGCAUUGGAGAUACAGUGAGUGUGGACGAGCAGGAACUGAGGACCGUGGUCUCACCUCCAGCAGACCAGAACUAUUUUCAUUCAUCUACAUUCGAUAGGCUCAAAGAGAAGCGGUUUCCAGAGCUGAUUGGUCAAAUAGCGUGUGAUGAGCCAGAAGAUCAGCCACCCGCUGAAGUUUGCCAAGGAAAGAACGCUGAUAUUUUGUUUGUCGUUGACAUGUCAAGCAGUAUUCGGGUGAAACAUUUCAAAGAGGUACUGGAACUUCUUGCAGACCUUGUCAGAUAUUUUGACACAAACAGCGGAAAAACAAGAGUAGGGAUGGUAACAUUCAGCACUGCUACGGAAGUGCAGUUUUAUCUUGACAAAUAUAGGAGCAAGGAAGAUAUCAGAGAAGCCAUUCUAUCUACGCAAUCACACGGAGGUUUAACAAAUACUCAUCUUGCCCUACAGAGGGCGCGAUAUGAAAUGUUUAGCAUGAAGCACGGAUCCAGGCGCGGUGUGGACCACAUCUGUAUAGUCAUUACGGACGGUGCGUCUCAGCAUACUGAAAUGACUAUAAUUGAGUCUAAUUCGAUUCACAAAGCUGGAAUCGUUGUCUUUGCCAUCAGUGUAGGACACGAUGUAGAUGUUGAAGAACUUCACCAUAUUGCAUCAAAACCAGAAUAUGUGUUCGAGGUGAAUGGAUACGGCGCUCUGAAUAUAACAAAUAUUUUAGCUAACAAAACAUGUAAAGAGCCAGAAGAUCAGCCACCUGCUGAAGAUUGCCGAGGGAAACGGGAGGACGUCGUAUUUAUAGUGGACAUGUCUAACAGUAUAUGGGUGGUGUAUUUCCAGGAACAGCUGAAAUUUCUCUCUGAUCUUGUUGGUUUCUUUGAUAUAAAUGAUGAUAACGCUAGGGUGGGAUUAUUGACGUUUAGUACGGAUACAAGGGUACAUUUCUACCUUAACACAUACAAUGUCCAGGAUGAAAUCAGCAAAGCCAUUCUUGCAAUCAAAUCUGAAGGAGGUCUGACAAACACACAUCUUGCACUACAGAAAGCCCUAUAUGAAAUGAUGACGCCGAUGCAUGGAUCCCGAAGUGAUGUGGAUCAUGUGAUUAUUGUAUUUACUGACGGUUUAUCCAGGGUACCACGAUUAACAGCAAGACAAGCUCACAAGAUUCACCAAGCCGGUGUUGAGGUUAUUGCUGUUGGUGUAGGAGACAGGAAAAACAAAGCAGAACUCGAAAAGAUUGCAUCUAGAAAAGAGUUUGUGUUCGAGGUGAGCGGCUACAACACACUACAGGAAAUCAAACAUAUUCUGGCAAGAAAAACUUGUGAAGUUACAAGCGGCUAACAUGUUAAGUAGAUAGCAAGUUGAUAUCCCAUACUGUUGUCAUGGUAAUAAUAUAUUGUAAUGGAAUUCUCCCUUACAAAAUGAACGUCAUGAACUUAUGUGACAAAUAAACAUUUGGCAUACAAGUAACUGUUGAACUUGUGUAAUUUAACUCAAUAUUUAAAGUGUUUAUAUACGUCAUACCCAAUAAACUUUCCUACAAAAGGACUAUUUCCUACAAAGAUUCAUCAUAAAAAUUAGAAUGGCAUCAUUGUUGACAUUUCUCCUUGUGAGAGAGUACUCUGGUACAGUAGGAUACGCGAUUAUUAGUCCAGGAGCUAGGCAGAUGGUUCUUUUAAGGAAUAUACAAGUUCAGAAGGGAUUUUUACCACAUCAUGACUAUCUUCAGACGUACUGGGACAUUUCUGACAAUGCUGCCUAGUGCAAUUUACGAUAUUUAAAAAUGGUGGACACGGAAGUUUGGACUACUUCUACAUUUAAGGGUCCGGCUUUUCGUGAAUGUAUCUUUGUUAUGAAUGAAACUUUUAGGGAUUCAUAUUUAUGCUUAAAUAACUUAAAGCCGGAUGUAAACCGGGUAAUUCAUAGCAAUUUAAACAUUUUAUUGUGCAUGUGCUAUGUAUUGUUAGCUUAACUAAUUUCGUCUGCAGGUUUCAUUACGCUCGUCAUAUAAUGCUCUGGCUUUUUAAUAAUAAUGUCUUAUUUCAUAAAGCAUAUGAUGUAUAAUUAUGUGGCUUUUCUUUUAAGACGUGCUUGUAGUACUCGAGCCUAAAAUGUAAUGUAUUUUAUUGAUUUCAUUGUUAAUUAUUGCUUUGGUCGUACCACGGUACCUAGUCUUAAGACGGGAUUUUCAUUGGUCAAAGCCGUUGCUAUUGGCACUCCGAAGGUUAUAAAUACAGGUGUCCGCAUUGAGUCGGUAUCUUCUUCUCAACCGUAAAACCUUAAGUAGUACAUGUAAAGCUCACAGAUGAGACAUUUCUAUUCAGAAAUACAUUUUUUGUCAAAGAUACAAAAGAAAGCUCUUCAGCAAAGUAAAAGAAACAAUGUUAUGCGGUCUUAACUUUAUUUUAAAGAGCAGAAAGUCAAUUUCAUUGAAUAGGCACUUUUAGCUUUACAGAAUAAACGAAUAAACAAUACAAAAAGAACAACAACAUUAUGAAGUAAAUACAAGACCAUGUACAAACCGAACCUUGCAGUAUGCCUAGUCUGAAUUACCACGUUAUUACGGAACUAAAGAGAUGCAUUGGACUACGUAAUUCUACUUAUAUUUAUAUAUAUUAUAAUGCUUUGUACUGAUGUAUAGGCCUAGGUCCUCCAUUAAUGAUCUAUGACAAUGUAUUUAUAUCUAUGAUGUAAUAUUCAUUUCUACGAUGCCAUAUUGUCAACUUCUCGAACGUAUGAUAAUUACGACGUCGCAACAUUAAAUAGCUAUUUUAACCGUUCAACCUAGUUACUGUGAUAAUUUGAAGGUAUUGAUGUAAACCAGAAAGGCAUCUGGUGAUAAUCGCAACAUACACUUGUAUUUGCAUGCUUUAUCAACGGUAGAUGUUGAUGUGCAAAUAUCAGUUAUUACUAAGUAGAUCGGUAUCCGGAUUAAUAAGUAUGUGCAACUACCCAGAGGGGGUAGGUCCUUACAAUAUCAUUUUAUGGCCUAGCUCAUGAGGAAUCAUCACAAUUAAACUCGAACACAUUUAUACAAAAGGUAUAGCUGCCGGUUUCUGAUUUCAAUGAGAAAACAUUUUGUUUGUUAUCUUAUUCAUUGAUUGCGUAUUAUUAUAUCAUGCAUUGAACUUAUAUAUUCUUGAUUUUGUGUAUUCAAUUGUGUUCUGUUCUAAUUAAAGACAUUACUCUUCAGAAUUACGACUAACGUAUUAAUUAUCAGCCGGUUUCAUGUAUUGCCUCAUGUUUAAUUUAUUGAUUGCCUCACGUAAAUUUUUGUUUUUGGUUUUUAUUUUUAUUCUCUUAAAUAGGAAAUCAAGACAUGUUUAUUUACUAAUAGUCAUCCUGCGUGUUUUCCGUGAAAAUCAUUUAAGUCAUCCGAUGGUCAGUUUUCCUUAAAUACCGCAAAUUUUGAGAUAGAACGUCAGUGUCAUUCUUGCGCCUGUCCGGUCGUAGAUUCGUGUGCUGAUACUCCAUACAUAAUAAGUUAGAUUAGGACCGAGGCAAUCAAAUAGUUAAGCAUAAUUCAUCCAGUUUUUUGGUCGAUGAUAAGAAUCAUACAUAAAAUAAUUUCGCAAUGCCCUUUUCAAGUAACUUUAGAUUGUAGUCACAUAAAAAACUGACAGGUUAUAAUAUCUCGCCCAGGUUAACUACCCUCUGGCCACGUAAUGAUUAUUGUUUUGUCCAGUUACUACUUGUUUUGACAAGCUGACUAAAUAGGAAUGGUCAUCCUGCGUGCUCCUCCGAGAAAAACAUUUUAGUCAUCCGAUGGAAAGGUUUCCUUAAAUACCGCUAAUUUUGAGAUAGAACUUAAGUAUCAUUCUUGCGCCUGUCCGAUCGUAGAUGCGUAUGCUGAUAUUCCAUACGAAAUAAGUUAGCUUAGAACCGAGGCAAUAAACGAUGAAGUAUUUAUGUUAAAGAUUACAGAUUAAUUUAAAUAACAAAAAUGAUAUUAGAGAAUUAUGAAGAAAAUCAUUGGUUUUUAUAUAUUAUCGUAGCAUAGAGUUGAAUAUCAAAUAGUAGUUAUUACAGAGAA